AUGUCUGACGCCGCCGUUGUUGAAGCCACCGCCUCCCAGUUGCCGCUGUUGAGGAAAAAGGAACCCAAAGCCAAGACUGCUGAAAAGAAGAAGAAGGCCCCAGCCGCUGGUGACAAAAAGAAGAAGGCUGCCCCUAAAAAGGCCGCUGGUGAGAAGAAGGCAGCUGCCAAAAAACCCUCUGCCGCCAAGAAGACCGCUGAAAAGAAGAAGGCCGACAAAACAAAGGCAAAGGCUGCCAAGAAACCGGUACAGUUAAAGCUAAACCAGCAAAGACCGCCGCCAAAGCAUCUGCCACUAAACCAAAGGCACCCAAGGCAAAAACUGCAGUGCUAA